AUGGAGCAUGUGCUGAAGCUGGUGGCUCUUGCAGCAGCAGCAUGCACUGCUGCUGGCCCAGUGGUGGAUUGUCGCCAGUAUACGAACAGGAGCUGUGAAGAAUGCCUGAAAAAUGUCACUUGCCUGUGGUGUGCCAGCAGCAGGAGGUGCAUGGAGUACCCCGUCCGAAGAAUCCUCCCGCCGGCCGACCUGUGCGAGCUCUGCUCGGCGCGCUGGGGAGUCUGCUGGGUGAACUUUGAAGCCCUGAUCAUUGCAAUGUCCGUGGUGGGAGGAACACUUCUGAUCAUGUUGGGGGUCUGCUGCUGCUGCUGCUGCUGUUGUAAGAAAAAGAGCAAAAAGCCGGACAAGGAUGAUGAGAGAGCAGCCAGGGAGCGGGAGAAGAGGCGGGUGCGGCAGGAGGAGAGGAGAGCAGAGAUGAAAUCACGGCAUGAUGAAAUCCGAAGAAAAUACGGCCUGUUCAAGGAAGAGAACCCUUACGCAAAAUUUGAGAAUUAGCAUCUCCAGACACACCCACCCACCCUGGUGAACAGUGCCUUCUGCAGAGCCAAAAGUCUCCAGGCUUCCCCCCACCACCAUGGUGCCACUUCAACUGCCACAGAAGAUGACCCAAAUCCUUGGUGACACCAUUGUCCCCACUCCAGGUGCUUGGUCUGGCCAGACUUUGCUCUUGCCCUGCUGGUGCAAGAAACCAUGGUGACAAUACUGGAAGAUGGGGCAUUUUUUCCUCACUCACCCCAGGGUGGUUGUGGUGUCCAAAGCAAUGCACAUAACAGCCCUUGUCCCAGCCAAGGGCAAAAGCAACGUCACACAUCUCCCUCACUCCUGCCUCACCAAGAACACUUCAUGCACACAGAGCUAGCCUCUUCUGCUCUUCCUCCCCCUCUUUUUGUUUUUCUUUUAGUAUAUGCAAAAGCCAGCAAGAGUUUCCUGACGUAAGGGCUAGCAGGAGGCUUUGGCUGUCACUCCAGGUGCAUGCACUUAUCCCAGCACAUUAGCAGUCCUCUCAAAGAGCACAAGUUUCUGGUGAUCUGGUGCUUCCAGGAGGAAGGUCUUAUGUGCACCUUCUCACUUGCAACUAAUCUGGGGAAAUGCCCCAACUCUCCUGCCUCUCUGUGCCUUUCUAGAAAGGUGGUCUUGGGCUCAAUGGCCACGUCUGUUAGCAAUACUGUAAGUUUCAAGUGCAUUUACAAUAUGCUGACUGUAUAUUAAACUGAUUCAAUUAC